AUGUUUGUCGGGCAGGCAGGAGGAACUCGGGCACCUUGUGCUUUUCGAAGAAGAUCGAGUUAAAGCUGAUUUAUCCUCGCAGAAUCCGCAGGAUCCGACGCGCCUGCAAUGGCCACAGCCUUCGGUCUUUGAAAAUGAGAGGUGUGAUGUGUACGGACCGCGGGGAAAUGCUUUAUCGCGACUGUGUUUCAAACUGAUCGAAUUUGGGAGCUGAAGUUUUUUUCGCCACUUCUACCUUGCAGCUGUCAGACCCGUUUGGCUUUUUUUUUUUUCUUUCCGCAAGGCCCCUCGACAUGGAUACAGGCCUGGAGUAAUGUAGCUAUUGGUAGUUGCUUUUAUGAGUAAUGUAACGCGGACAUUUUAUUUUUUAAAACAUUUAACCCACUUAGGGUAUGGCUCCAUCUGUAAAGGGAAGCUGAGCUAACUAUCUGUUGCUGCAUUUCAUUUUCUUUUGUGUGUAUAUGUGGCUGAAGUUGUCAAUCAAACUUAGCUAGUUGGCAAUCCUGGAGAAACAAGAAGAAGAAAAAAGUGGACUGGGUAAUUUCUUAAAAUGUGGCUUUCGGUCACCCGGGAUCUCGUUAAAGGUUGUCUUGAGUGUGAAAAACUCAUAAGACAUAAACUGUUUCUUUGAUCGGUUAGCUUUAACUUCUAAGAAGGCAACUGUUUACUGCCAAGCAAACGCGAGGGAAGUAGCUAGCUAGCCAGCUAGCAAGAUUUUUUUAAUACACAGCGGCGUGGAGCUCGACUUGACAGCAAAAAUGUCUGCUGGAGAAAGUUUGGAGGCUCGAUUUGAAAAAAUCGAUGCCAUGCUGAAGGAUCCCAAAUCAGAAAUCAAUACUGAUUGCUUACUGGACGGUUUGGAUGCUCUGGUGUAUGACCUGGACUUCCCGGCCCUGAGGAAGAACAAGAGCAUCGACAACUUCUUAAAUAGAUAUAAGGACACCAUCAGUAAGAUCCGGGACCUGCGUAUGAAAGCCGAAGACUAUGAAGUGGUGAAGGUCAUCGGCAGGGGGGCGUUCGGAGAGGUGCAGCUGGUGAGACACAAAGCGACAAGGAAGGUGUACGCCAUGAAGCUGCUCAGCAAGUUCGAGAUGAUCAAGCGCUCCGAUUCCGCUUUCUUCUGGGAAGAGAGGGACAUCAUGGCCUUCGCCAACAGCGCCUGGGUGGUGCAGCUGUUCUACGCGUUCCAGGACGACCGCUACCUCUACAUGGUGAUGGAGUACAUGCCCGGCGGCGACCUGGUCAACUUGAUGAGCAACUACGACGUUCCUGAGAAGUGGGCCCGCUUCUACACCGCCGAGGUGGUGCUGGCUCUGGACGGGAUCCAUUCCAUGGGCUUCAUUCACAGAGAUGUGAAGCCGGAUAACAUGUUGCUCGACAAAGCAGGCCACUUGAAGUUGGCGGACUUCGGGACCUGCAUGAAGAUGAACAAGGAUGGGAUGGUACGAUGUGACACCGCCGUAGGGACCCCCGACUACAUUUCGCCCGAGGUACUAAAGUCACAAGGGGGAGACGGCUACUACGGCAGAGAGUGCGACUGGUGGUCUGUGGGAGUCUUCCUCUACGAGAUGCUCGUUGGUGACACGCCCUUCUAUGCCGACUCGCUGGUGGGGACCUACAGCAAGAUCAUGAACCACAAGAACGCCCUGACGUUCCCGGACGACAGCGAGAUAUCCAAGGACGCCAAGAACCUCAUCUGCGCCUUCCUGACCGACAGGGAGGUGCGUCUGGGCCGCAACGGCGUGGACGAGAUCAAGCGGCACCCCUUCUUCAAGAACGACCAGUGGACGUGGGAGAACAUAAGGGAAACCGCCGCCCCCGUGGUGCCAGAGCUGAGCAGCGACAUCGACACCAGCAACUUCGACGACAUCGAGGAGGACCGCGGCGACGAGGAGACCUUCCCCAUACCAAAGGCCUUCGUGGGCAACCAGCUCCCCUUCGUGGGGUUCACCUACUACAGCAAUCACCAGUUUUCACGUGGUUCUAGCACCAAGACGAGUGACAAGCGUAGCAGCUCCACCAAGGAGGACAAGAGCCACCUGGAGAACCUGCAGAAGAGGAUCUACCAGCUGGAGGAGCAGCUCCACAGCGAGAUGCAGCUGAAGGACGAGAUGGAGCAGAAGUGCAGGACCUCCAACACCAAGCUGGACAAGAUCAUGAAAGAGCUGGACGAGGAGACAAACCUCAGAAAGAGCGCGGAGUCCACGGUGUCCUUGCUGGAGAAGGACAAGCUCAUGCUCCAGCACCGGACCACGGAGUACCAAAGAAAGGCCGACCAGGAGGCCGAGAAGAGGCGCAACGUGGAGAACGAGGUGUCCACCUUAAAGGAGCAGCUGGAAGACAUGAGGAAGCUCAGCCAGAACUCGCAGGCCUGCAACGACAAGAUCGCACAGCUGCAGAAACAGCUGGAGGAGGCCAACGACCUGCUGCGGGCCGAGUCGGACACGGCGGCGCGCCUGCGGAAGAGCCAGGCGGAGAUGGCCAAGAGCACCAGCCAGCUGGAGGGCCUGAACCGCGAGCUGCAGGAGAAGUGCCGGGCCGCCGACAACGGCAAGCUGCAGAUGGAGAAGGAGGUCUUCCAGCUGCAGGCCGCCCUCGACUCCGAGCGCCGCAAGUACAGCCAGGGCUCGGAGGAGAUCCGCGAGCUGCAAGCACGAAUCACAAGCCUGCAGGAGGACAUAAAGAACCUGAAGACGAGCCUCUCCAAGGUGGAGGGCGAGAGGAAGCAGGCCCAGGAGCGCAGCAACAGCCUGGAGAAGGAGAAGAAUAACCUGGAGAUCGAGCUGAACUACAAGCUGAAGACCCUGCAGCAGAGGCUGGACCAGGAGCAGACGGAGCACCGGGUCACCAAGGCCCAGCUCACCGACAAGUAUGAGUCCAUCGAGGAGGCCAAGUCGGCAGCCAUGCACGCCGUGGAGCAGAAAGUGUCGGAGGAGAGCGUGGCGCGCAUGCGGGCGGAGAGCCGCGUGGUGGAGGUGGAGAAGCAGUGCUCCAUGCUGGAGUUCGACCUCAAACAGUCGGUGCAGAAGAUGGAGCAGCUGAUGAAGCAGAAGGAGCGGCUGGAGGACGAGGUGAAGGGACUGAGGGUGCAGCUGGAGCAGGAGUCGAACAAGCGCGUGCAGGCCCAGAGCGAGCUCAAGACGUGGGCGGUGGAGGCGGACCGCCUGAAGGGCACGGAGAAGCAGCUGAAGCAGGAGAUCAACGCCGCCCUGGAGAACAAGCGCUCCCUGGAGUUCCAGCUGGCUCAGCUCACCAAGCAGUACAGAGGGAACGAGGGUCAGAUGAGGGAGCUGCAGGACCAGCUGGAGGCCGAACAGUACUUCUCUACGCUGUACAAGACUCAGGUGAAGGAGCUGAAGGAGGAGAUCGAGGAGAGGAACCGGCAGAUCCAGGAGGCACAGAAGAAGGUGCAGGAGCUCCACAGCGAAAGGGACUCGCUGUCGGCGCAGCUUGACCUGACGGUGACGAAGGCGGAGUCGGAGCAGCUGGCCCGGGCCUUGCAGGAGGAGCAGUAUUUCGAGCUCAGCCAGGAGAACAAGAAGGCCGCCACCCGCCACAAGCAGGAGAUCAGCGAGAAGGACGCCACCAUCGCCCGGCUUGAGGAAUCCAACAAAACCCUGACCAAAGACGUGGAGAACCUCAGCAAGGAGAAGGCGGAGCUGGACGAGAAGAUGCGGGUCCAGGAAGAAGAGUAUGCCGCCCAGAAGGAGGAGAUCACGAACAGUAUCAAAGCCAGCUACGAGAAAGUGCUGAACACAGAGCGCACGCUCAAGACCCAGGCGGUGAACAAGCUGGCGGAGAUCAUGAACCGCAAGGACAUGAAGCUGGACCAGAAGAAGAGGGGCAACACGGCCGACCUGCGCAAGAAGGAGAAGGAGAACCGCAAGCUGCAGCUGGAGCUCAACCAGGAGAAGGAGAAGUUCAACCACGUGGCCAUCAAGUACCAGAAGGAGAUUAGCGAGCUGCAGGCGCAACUGGCGGAGGAGAGCCGGGAGCUGCAGAUGCAGCUGGACAGCAAGGAGAGCGACAUCGAGCAGCUGCGGGAGAAGCUCAACGACCUGCAGCUGCGCAUGGACAACUCCAGCGUCACCAGCCUGCAGCCGGACGAGACGGACGGCAACAUCGCAGAAUCCAGGCUUGAAGGCUGGCUAUCGAUACCCAAUCGGGCGAACAUAAAGCGAUAUGGCUGGAAGAAGCAGUAUGUGGUGGUCAGCAGCAAGAAGAUUCUCUUCUACAAUGACGAGCAGGACAAGGAGCAGUCUAACCCCUCCAUGGUACUAGAUAUAGACAAACUGUUCCACGUGCGUCCGGUGACACAGGGUGACGUGUACCGAGCCGAGACGGACGAGAUACCGAGGAUAUUCCAGAUCCUGUACGCCAACGAGGGAGAGUGCCGGAAGGAGGCGGACAUGGAGUCGGUCCCGCAGGGCGACAAGACCAACUGCCUGCCCCACAAGGGCCACGAGUUCAUCCCGACGCUCUACCACUUCCCCUCCAACUGCGAGGCCUGCGCCAAGCCGCUCUGGCACGUCUUCCGGCCCCCGCCCGCCCUGGAGUGCCGCCGCUGCCACGUCAAGUGCCACAAGGACCACCUGGACAAGAAGGAGGACGUCAUCGCCCCCUGCAAAGUGAACUACGACGUGACCUCGGCCCGGGACAUGCUGCUGCUGGCCCUGACCCAGGAGGAGCAGAAGAAGUGGAUCGGCCACCUGGGCAAGAAGAUCCCCAAGACUCCGCCCUCGACCUUCACCAGGGCCUCGCCGCGCACCGUCUCCACCCGCUCCAUCGCCAACCAGUCCUUCCGCAAGACGCCCAAAAACAUCGCCGGCAAGCCCAGCAAAGCGCUGUCAGGCGUCCAGGCUGCAGACCCAACAUCCAGCACGUGCUGACGGCAACCGCUCCUCCAACCUAAAUAGCUGAAGCCUUUCUCUUAGAGGCCUCUUUUCUCGCUUCUCUGGGUUUUUCCCCUUAUUUGCUAACCGGUGGUGUGCUGGUGGUAGACUUUUAACAGCGAGGGAAGGUGACUUUGUCUUAUUUCGCAUCUGAAAGUGGAACUGUGUACAGCUUAUGAGGGCUCGUACAGUGGACAGUUCCUUGCUGCCAUCUGAACUCACUUUCACUUGAACCAUCUCCUCUGGGGGUUAGCCUUUCAUAAAAACCUCGACAAUUACAUUGCGGAGUACAGCGCUUAAACGUUACUUUUGGGUAGUCACAUUCUUCGACGUUAGUUUACCAGUAUUUGAAUUUACAAACCUGCACGUCCUUCGUGCACGAGGACAGUGUACUAUGCUAUAAGUGUAUUAUAGGUGUGGUCAGAGCGGUUUAAACAGUACAAUUUUUGUGUUGCCAAAAGGCGGAAGACAAAAUUGGCACUGUCCUUAUAUCCUCUUUGGGUCUACAACCUUAUAUGGUAUACAGUCCCGAGAGUUUAUAUUUUGACAUGCUUUAUUAGGUGUUACCUACGCAGUAGACCUUUCAGUUGGAAAAGUACAGCAUUUAUAAGGGCAGCAGUGCUGUGCAGUGGAUAAGAAGCUGGUGUGAUGACCAAAUUCUGCACGAGCAGGACAUUUCACCCAAAUACCCUGCUGUGUAAAGGGAUUGUUUGUAAAAUGCAUGCUGUUGUAAGUGGCCCUGGAGUGGAGCAUCUGCUAAGCAGAUAAAUCACAGUAAUUAGCGCUGACCAUCAUGGAACGGUGGCCAGCAUUUUGUUAUAGCACAGUAUACCUCAGGGUAUUUCUACUGUUAAGACAUCGCAUGAAGUUGAAUAGUACCAUGCUUGCUCCUAAAGCAACUUUCUGUAACACAGCAUCCCUGUAAUGUAAGCAGAUUGUGGCUUUGUUUGAACAGUUAAAACUUUUGUCCUCUUGCUAUCACUCAAAUUUCAUGGGCAGUUUUUCUACAAACCUUCAGUCAUUUGACUGUGAAAUGCCUCACUGAUUUUUAGACUACUUGCCAGUCACUGCUGGAAAGACACAUUCCUACACAAAAUAUUUAAUACAUAUAAGCACAUAUUUUCCAUUCAGGGACCUACAGCCAGUGUGACAGUCUUUCAGCCAAAUCUGUUUUUCCACAGAUUUGGACUCACAAAGUGAAUAAGUAGUCUUGCAUGUUAAGUUUUCAUUUUCUCCAUCAUAAUAUCCGUAUUUAUAAAGAAAUUCUGUGAUAGAUUGACUUUGCCAGUGAACCUCUAACAUGGUCUCAUAAUCACAGAUCCCAACAGGAUGAGGAAGCACUGUGUCACUAAGGUUAAUCUGCAUUGAAUUGAGGCUCUGAAGUGCCACCUUUCCACUCGGCCCGUGGGCACGUUUCCACCUAACACAGUAACCUCUGAGACUAACUGAACGAGAAAGCAUCUCUUCCCCAUCACCAGACACCUGUUUCUCUCCUCUCUUCCAGCUAACCACCUACACCACUGGAUUCUGUUGGGACUUUUAUUUUGGUAUUUUCCCCUCUCCGAGAACCUGACUAUCUCCUGCAGCAAUUGAAAAAAUUUUAAACAGUUAAAAAAAAAAAAAAAAGAGUAAAUGAAAAGACUGGAUCAGCGGUCAGAAGUGGGACUCGAGUCCGCCCCCGUGGCGCCCACCCCGCCCCGUGGCCCCAUCACUAGGCCAGCCCCAGCCUCUCGGACCGAGGGCUCCAUCGACCAGCCACGCCUUCCACUCCCUUCUCUUCCGGCAGGGGAGGCGGCCUCUCCAGUGCUUUCAGAAACCGGGCUUCUUGAAGUGCAACUUCUCCUGAGGAAGUGGCUCGAAGCUUAGGUACACGUAUGGCUCCACAUCAAGACAUUGGA